CUCGUUCAAGUAAAUACAUUUUGUGGAGUUGACUUCGUUCUUGAAACAACAAACUUACAAAGUACAAUAUAUUUUUUUAUACAUAUAAACAAGCAUCAUAAUAUUAUAAUAAAUUGUAUGUGAAGUAGGUACCAGAAUUAAUUAAGAUAAGUCACUAAUUGCAUAAAGGAAUCUUCAGAAAGUCGUUUAAAAUAAAUACAUUCAGAUUUAGAUCUAGAAUGCAGUAGUUGAGGAAACCCAAUAUCUACAAUAAAUAUUAAAUAUGGAGCUAACAGAGACCAAACAACUUGCUCAAUUUGUUUUCGGUGAUUGGAAAUUGUUACUCUGUGUUCCAAUUUUAUUCGCAUUAUAUUUACAUUAUAGCAGCAAUUUUGAUUUCUUUAAAAAGAAAGGUAUAAAGUUUAUGAAACCAAAAUUAAUAGUGGGUAAUAUUGGUGAUUUUAUGUUGGCCAGGACUUCGUAUCAUGAUUUCCAGUUAGAAAUUUAUAAUAAUUUCAAAGGACAUCCCUAUGGUGGAAUUUUCGAAGGAAGAAGGCCUGUUUUGUAUUUGAUUGACCCGGAUAUAAUCAAAGCUGUAACAAUUCGUGAUUUUGACUAUUUUACGGAUCGAUUCGCAGUUAUAAGUAAUGCUCCAAGAUAUAUUAAUAGGUUACUUCUUAAUCUCAAGGGAACGGAAUGGAAGUCAGUUCGAAGCAUCAUCACACCGUCAUUCAGUUCUUCUAAAGUAAAACAUAUGCUACCAGUAAUUCAAUCAUGCUCGGACCUAAUGGUUCAAUUUUUAAAACAGUAUGAUAAUAAAGACAUAGAAAUGCAGAACAAAAUGGGUCAUUUCACACUAGAAGUAAUUAGCACUUGCGCAUUUGGUAUUAAAUCAGAUGCUUUGACUGAUGAAAAUGCAAAAUUUGUUAAAGUUGCUGAAAGGUACGAUUACAUAACAGCCCACAAAAAAUAUUUCUUAUUUUUUGUGAUGAUGUUCGUACCUAAAAUGAUUACUUAUCUGAACAUAUCUACUUUUAAUCACGAGGCAACAAAGAAAGUCGUGGAAAUGUUACAAGCUACUAAAGCUAAGCGUAGAUCUACAAUCAGGAAAAAUGAUUUCCUACAACUUAUGAUUGAUGCAGCUAAAAAGGAAAAAGAAAAAUGUAAGAACAGCAAAGAGAAGCCUCUUUGGGAUGAUGACACAAUUUACGCGCAGAGUUUGUUGUUUCUAAUUGCUAGCUACGAGACAUCAAGUACUUUACUCUCUUUUGCUAUCCACACAUUGGCAGUGCAACCGGAGAUUCAGGAAAAAUUGCGAAAACAUAUAGUUGAGGUUUCAGCCGGAAAGGAAAUGAGCUAUGAACUAUUGUCACAACUUUAUUAUCUGGAGGCGUUCCUACUUGAAACUCUUCGUCUGUACCCUCCUAUAGGUCGGAUUGAUAGAGUUGCUACUAAACCGUACACCCUGCCAGAUACUUCUAUCAAAAUAGACGUAGGAGACAUUGUUGCAAUACCAGUGUAUGGGAUACACAUGGACCCUGACUAUUAUCCAGAACCUGGGGCAUUCAAACCGGAGAGGUUUAUAAAGAACGGGAAAGUCCAGAGACCAUCGCAAUUAUUUUUGGCAUUUGGAGCUGGUCCAAGAAAUUGUAUCGGUCUCAGAUUCGCCAUGUUCUCUGCAAAGUUAGGUAUGGUGAGUCUAUUGAAGAACUUCAAGUUUACAUCAUGCGCCAAAACAGAACAUCCGAUACAGUUUCACAAGAGUCAUGUUUUACUCAAAGCAAACAUAGGAUUGUGGGUACACGUUAAGAAGAUUUGAAUUGUUGCGGUUAUAUAGAAGCUUGGUGACGGGAUUAAACUUUUUGGGAAAAAUGCAAAUUGUAAUGUAGGUUUAUGCUCAUGAGUAAUUAUCUUUAAUUGUAAUUAGCGAUGGUAUUGCGUGUUUGAGGUAAAAGGUUUGUGUACCUAAAUGAGUUUUUUUUAAAAAGAGUUAUGAUAUAUCUAUGCAGACAUAAUCAUUAAUUAAAGCAGACACGCGCUUCAAAUUUGAACCAGUAACUAUGGCUAGCCAGGCCUGGAUUUUUUGUUCACUAAGAAUAUUCAUCAUAAUAUCUGCGAUAGUACAAACCUUUAAGCUGUUUCGAAAGUAAACUAUAAUAUCGCCUAAGUAAACUUAAGCGGGGUGAGGUGAUAAUUCCCGAAGAAAUAUACUCCACAUUCGUCCACCGAUAGGUCAUGCGAAAUGAUGGGCCGAUAUCAAUUCGUCAACGUCAUGUUGGUAGUAAUUAUUACCUGAGAUCAAUAUUUUGUUCGGGAAUAACAAAUAACAGCUCUAAGGAUGCCGUGCCGUAUACACCGGCCAUGCAGGUCUUUAUCGGGGAAUCGUCGAAUAUUCCCGGAAGAAACUUGUAUCUGCUAUCGAGCCCUCUCUUGAGAGUUAACCUAAUUCAAUGGAGUCCCCAGAACACUAUCUUAUUACCAGUUUGCGCGUUCACCAGUAACAAAAUUAAUAUCAACGCUCUUCGACAACAUUGCCUUUAAUGCAUCGGAAUAAUGGGCUCCGAAAACUCAAGCGAUUUCAAAUUCCGCGGUUAUCUCGAAGGGCAAUUCAGUAGACAUUCUACUAGUGCUCUACAAAGCGCAGAUCCAGCACAUAUGGAGAAUUGCUCUCAUAUCUACCGCCCCGCGUACAACGCAGGGCUGAUGAAAUUAUUGCAGAUCCAGUUCUCCGUGAACGGCUCGAUGACUUGGCCUUGCGUAGAGACGUCGCUUAAUUGUGUGCCUUCCACACACUUCAUCCUCACUAUCUGGAUGUAUCAUGUUAUGACGUUCCGCCAUAUUCUGGUUUUCGAGUAACUUUCUCAUUUACUUUCAACAAAACUAUUGACUAGCUUCCUUGCGCGAAGACGAUACGACAUGGGCACCUUAAAGAGCGCGUACACCUUCCUUGGAAGCUAGAAACGCUCCGAGUAUGAUUUCUGGUCUGUGUUGCAAGAGAGUGGGUGUCGUACGAUGAUUUCUACACCUCUUCUAUACUAAAUCUUGCUUCACUUGAAUUGCAAAGCUUUCUUUUCAUUUUAGUGAUACCAUUGUUUUGUUGUAUUCAAAAUUAUAUUUAUUGUAACAUUAUUGUAU